AUGACUUGUUCGUGGCAACUGGAAUCUUGGGGUUGGAGUGAAGACUUGAAUAUGGAUAAAGUCGUCCGCUGUACUUUGAUCGCGCGGUUCCCGAAGGAGGCGACCGGCAAGGCAUCCAAACUUGGCAGUGUUGUCGAGUAUUCAAACGUGCGUCCUGUACGCGCAUUAUCUUUGUUUAUUGAACGCACUCAGCCUUUUCGCCAGCCUUUACCUGUAAUCCACAAACAAUUUUGUGCCGAUAUCACCAAUGACACCUGGCGGCUGCCGGUUUCAGCAACGACGGUGGCUAACUGGAUGGAACAAACGAUGGCAGCAGCUGGUGGUGAUACUACGGCAGUUCACAAGGCGCAUUAUAUUCGCACGGCAGCAAGCACAUAUGCAGUUUUGGCAGGACAUCCAGUGGACGAGGUCAAGGCUCACGCUAACUGGAGUUUGGCCAGUGCGACAUUUCAUACUUACUACUUCCGUCCAUAUACUCAACAUGCUCGCGGUACUCGUUUGGCACAUAUGCUUUUUUCAUCGGCUACGGAGGAUGUACCCACAUCCGAGGACGAGUGGAAGCAACAACGAUUGUGCUAG